AUGGUUUUUAUUGGUUUUGUUCGUAACCAUCCGAGUUUCAACUCGAACUACUAUACGGUCAAUCGUUUAGGUACUGAAGAUGGUGGCAAAUAUGACGAAAAACAUCAAGAGAGUUACUUCUUCCAACCACUCGGUAACAAGAAAGGAUAUACAUUGCCAAAAGGCUAUGGUAUCAGUGUAAAAUAUGAAAACUCUACAUACUACUUUACAGAUUUCACUACCAAUUUUCAGAAUGGAACUUCGAUAGAUGACAUGGGUUUCAUACCUGCUGCAAUAGCAGAAGACUAUCGAGGUGUAAUCAUAUUUCUAACUUUAGAUUUAUCCUAUCUCUAUUGA